GUUUCAAAACAAAAGAUUUGCUAAGUUUUUAAAGCAUUACAAAUCAGUUUUUUUUUUAAAUUAAUUAAUUUUUUUUUUUUAAAGCAAUCAGUAUUUACAUGCGCGAGCCAUGCAUUCAGACCAUCAGGAAGAACAUAAGUCCAUAAAGAUAGAGUUUAUUGAAGAUUACAGUGAGAUCAAAAGUGACCCAGACCCUUCAGAGUGAAGCAUGAAGAUAUGGAAGAACCAGAAGACUUGAUGGAGGAGAAUGAGGAGAGAAAAGAACUGAAUGAAGCGGAGGAGAAACAUGUCAAAACUGAAGAUGAAUCUUACUCACUGCAAACAAGAGGCAAAAAAUCUUUCAGCUGCCCUCAAUGUGAAAAGAGUUUCUUAUCCAAACAAGGUGUUACGUAUCACAUGAGAAUUCAUACUGGAGAGAAACCGUACGCAUGUGAUGAAUGUGGGAAGAGUUUUAGACAAGCAGGAGCUCUUAAAUUACACCAGAAAAUACACAGCGGUGUGAAGGAGCAUAUGUGCUUUGAUUGUGGGAAGUCUUAUGCUACCGUUACCGUAUUGAAACUGCACCAGAGAAUUCACACUGGAGAAAAGCCUUACAAGUGUUCACACUGUGAAAAGAGAUUUAGUCAAUCAGGACAACUAAAAGCACACGAGAGGAUCCACACUGGAGAAAAACCGUACGCAUGUGAUCAAUGUGGAAAGAGUUUUAAACAAGCAAGCACACUUAAAUUACAUCUGCGUUCUCAUUCUGGAGAAAGACUAUUUAACUCUAUUCCAGAUUCCCUGAAGGACCACCUGCACGAUCAUUCAAAGGAGAAUCCUCACAUUUGUACAUUGUGUGGAAAGAGCUUUUCACGUCUGGAUAGUUUUAGAAUGCACCAGAGAAGACACAGUGGUGUGAAAAAUCAUAUGUGCUUUGAUUGUGGGAAGACCUUUAUAAGAGAUGCUGAGCUGAAACAGCACCAGAGAAGUCACACUGGAGAAAAACCGUACAAGUGUUCACACUGUGAAAAGAGAUUUAGUCAAUCAGGACAACUAAAAGCACAUGAGAGGAUCCACACUGGAGAAAAACCGUAUGCAUGUGAUCAAUGUGGGAAGAGUUUUACACAAGCAUACGGUCUUAAAGUACAUCUGCAUUCUCAUUCAGAUAAAAAAGGAUUUAACUGUGAUCAGUGUGGUAAAAAAUUUGCUAGGGCAGCAUACUUGAAGAAGCACCUGAAUGUUCAUUCAGAAGAGAAGCCUCACCUGUGUACUUUGUGUGGAAAGAGCUUUUUAUGGCUGAAUGAUUUAAAAUUACACCAGAAAAGACACAGCGGUGUGAAGAAUCAGGUUUAA